UUACUCUCUCUGUUUUUUCUCUCUUUAUAGAGAGAGACAUACAAAGGUUCUUGCUCCACGAAACAAACUUGCGGUUUUGCUCCAAGAAAGAAACUUUCCGUACACACACACAUACCUACAAUCAUCGUCAGCUUCUUCUCUUCCCCCUCCAAAAAAAAAACAAUCUUUUUGCUUCUUUAUUGUAUCCUCAAGAAAACAGAACAACAAAUCCUUUCAGAACAAGGAGAUCAUCAUCAAGAAAUGGGCAAGAAAGAUGAGAAAGUCGAAGCUGUUCUUCAUUUACUCAAGAAACAAACUCCACUCACUCUUAAACAAGAGAAGUUCUGUAACAAAGAGUGCGUGGAGAGAUUCUUGAAAGGGAAAGGAGACAACGUUAAAAAAGCUGCGAAGCAACUCACUUCAUGCCUUUCUUGGAGACAAAACUUUGAUAUUGAGCGAAUGGGGCAAGAGGAGUUCUCGGCGGAGUUAACCGACGGCGUAGCUUACAUCGCCGGCCACGACGGAGAGUCCAGACCCGUUAUCAUGUUCCGUUUCAAGCAUGACUAUCAGAAGUUGCGUAGCCAGAAACAGUUUAUGCGUUUUGUGGCGUUCACGAUGGAGACUGCGAUCUCGAGCAUGUCCAGAAACGCGGAACAGAGCGUUGUUCUACUCUUCGAUGCAAGCUUUUUCAGAUCAUCCUCUGCUUUUGCAAAUCUGCUUUUGACAACACUAAAAAUGAUCUCGGAUAAUUACCCAUGCCGACUUUACAAGGCCUUUAUCAUUGACCCUCCCUCUUUCUUCUCUUACAUCUGGAAGGGUGUACGUCCUUUCGUGGAGCUAUCUACUGUCACGAUGUUAAUAUCCUCUCUAGACUUCGACGAGCAGCUAGAUAUCCGCCACGUGUCAUCAUCAUCGUCAUCAUGUCCUAGAUCAGCUUCCCUACGUUUCGAUGCAUCUUCGAUCAAAUCAACGGCUAAGACUGGUUCAGCUUCUUCAAGAUUCGCCUUCACCGUCUCUCACAACUCGCUGAAGCCGUGGUACCUUUCCUUAACCGACACGUCACCGUUUCACGCCGCCGUCGACUCCACCUCUUCCAAAGUGUCUCCUCUCAGCGUGCGGUCUCUAUCUUUCGCGUCUCCGGCGGGGCGUGGCUUAAGAGACGCGAGACCAGCCGCAUGCAGAAAGAGUUUGUUUCCCUUUACGCCGCUGCCGGAGAAAACGAAAACGGUUUCGCACAAGAAAACUCCACGGCCGUCGUUUUUUCAGUCUCCGGCGAUGUUCUUUCGCGGGGAGAAAAAUGUCGGCGGAGGCGAGAAGUCACCACGUGAAGGGUUCGUACCGUAUCUGAAGUUUUAUCGGAGACCGUACGAUGAGACGGCCUAUAGGUCUAAACUGAGGGGUCCACGUGGGUUUGUGUCUGUCGUGUCUUCGCACAGAAGAUGUCGUCACGUGUCUUUAUCUCAACGGUUCUAGCUAUGACGUUAAAAUGAAGAGAUUGGGGAAGAAAGUAUAUACUAUUAAUCAGAAAAUGAAAUCAUUAAUCUGUUCCAACCACUCUUUGUUAGACUAGCAGUCCUAUUACGCUGAACUAUUAUUAUUCUACAAGCUUGUUUUUAUUUUUUCGUUUCUUACAUUCGAG